AUGGGGGUGAAAGAAGAGGAAGAGGAUUCAGAGGUUGAUUACGAUGAUUUGGAGAGUGAUGAUCAAUCAGCAAGCAAUGAGUCCCAGUCAGUUGAAACAGUAGUGAAAACUGAAAAGCAGACUGAAUCUCCAAUUGAUAUGUUUGACGAUGAGUUUCAUGCGAUUAUGGAGCAGGAUUUUUCUGCAAAAACAAAUGUCAAUGAAACAAGCAAAGCAGAAAGUGUCAACGAAGAAGACGAAACGGAUUCGGAAGCCACUGAAAUUGAUGAAGAUGAUCAUUCAGCAGUCAGUGAAUUUCAGCAAAACAUCGAACCAGUAGUCAACCGUAGCUCGAGCAGUGCAACUGGUGAACAACAUCUGAAUGGUCGUCGAAAAAGAGCUAAAAGCCACAAGUGUCAGCAGUGCGACAAAAGCUUUGAUCGUCCGUCUGAGCUCAAACGACACCAACUAGUGCACACUGGCAUUAAAGCCUACAAGUGCCCAACAUGCUCCAAAUCAUUUGGGCAGAAGGGUGAUCUAGUAAAACACCAGUUGAUUCACGCUGGCAUUAAAGCUUUCAAGUGUCCAACAUGUUCCAAAUCAUUUGAGCAGAAAGGUGCUCUCAAGGAGCAUCAANCAUUUGGGCAGAAGACUACUCUCAAAACACACCAACUGGUGCACACUGGCAUACGGGCUUACAAGUGCACAGUUUGCUCUAAAACAUUUGCACUAAAGAGUAAUCUUACAAAACACCAAGUAGUUCACAUCGAUUCUCGCCCAUUUCAGUGCUCUAUUUGUAAGNACUGGCAUUAA